AUGCGCACUUCACGACUAUCUGUCUCUCGCGAACGCGAUGGAACGACCCUCACUCCUCAGAGGAAACACCGUAAAUUACUUAAAGAUGGCUCUAGUGAAGUGUGGCCAGAAGAGAUAGAGAGAAUAUUCGUUCAAGGUCUUCGAGAAUACUGGGAGUCACCUUGGGCAACUUACUCUCGCGGCAGAAGUCGUUGGAGAAACCAAUUCUUGGUCGAGUACUUACAGCGCGCUGGAAUAGACCGUUCCAAAAAGCAGGUUGCAAGCCACAUACAAGUACUUCGUAAUAUGUGGAAAGGCGAACAAGAAUACCACUUGGUGGCUGGUGGCGAGGAACUAUUCCUUGAUACCGGUCUUCCCGCAUCGGUCAAAGCAGAGGAGUCACCUGAUUCUCAUCUGUUGGCGUCGAUGGUCCUUGAUGAUCACUCGCCAGCAUCA